AGAGAGAGAGAGAGAGAGAGAGAGCGAGCAGUACAUUACAUGCUUGUAUGUGCUUUCUUACUCCAUUCAGUCUUCUUCUGGUGUCAAAGAUGCAGGUUGUUAGUGGUGGACAAUCACUUUGGAUAUACACUCUGAUAUUCACUUCUCUACAACUCUGGGGAAGACUUUCAGCCUCCACUUCCCCUCCCAAUCUUCCCAUACCUAAACUAGACGUCCAUUCGAGGUCAGAGGGCUCAGUGGUUCUGGUCUGCCGGGCCCCGGGGGGCCAGCGAGGGCUUCAGUUCAUGUUAUACCGAGACAGAGAAAGGGUUGACUCUCAGGAGCCGCAGUCUGGUGCUCGGGAGGUUCAGUUCACUGUGACGGUGAAGGAUUCAGUCCAACACUUGUGCUGUCUGUACAAAGGCCAGGAUGGUCGUUACAGCGCGUUCAGUCCCUAUUUGAUGCUGGAGUCCACAAGAGAUACUGCCCCCACUCGCUCCAUGCCCUCUCUCCCUCCUCCAGUCCUGUCCGUCAAUCCCUCUACCGGUGUGGUAAAACCUGGUGACAUGCUGUCCUUCAGCUGCUCACUCCCUCUCCUGUCUCAGGCUCAGCCCCAGUCCAGCCAUAACAACAACCCAGUGACCUUCCUUUUGCUGAGGGCCGCUGAGCGAACAGGGCUGACAUCUGUUAUCCUCCAGCCUACGGCCAGUCAGGUAUCGAACCCUGAACCCCAGCCAGGAGUCUUCUCCGUGGGACCAGUGAGGGGGGGAGAGGAGGGCGAGUACACCUGUCUCUACCAGAUCACCAAGGAAACGGGAUUGGUUAAUUCAACCGUCAGCAACACGGUUCAAAUCACUAUUUCAGAUGGGUUGCCAGUUCCCACCCUUGUCCUCCAGCAGCAGACGGACGUGUGGCACUUGCUCUGCACGGGGUCUCCCGCGUACCCCGGCGCCAUGUUCUCCCUCUACCUGGCUGAUCAUGAACAUCCUGUUACCACUCACCACGCCACCAUGAUCAACCAUCAGAUCUCCUUCCCAGUGCCUGUCCAGGACACUCCAGUGGCGUUGUACCAGUGCCAGUAUGAUGUGUUACUGGGAGAGAAAUGGAGCCACUCUGAGCGCAGCCUCCCUUUGGCUGUAACCAGAGGAACUCCUCCUCCAUCAUCAACAGAUCUGUCCGGUGUGGACUGGCCUCUCGUACUGGGCUCUUUCUCCGCCGUGGUGUUGUUCCUCUGUUCAGUGGCCCUCGUGGUUGUUGUGGCACACAGGAAAGUAAAAGCAGCAGCUGAGAAAAAGAAGAAAAGGGAGGAAGCACAGUUCUGGACUCAAGUUCAUUCUAAGGACCAUGUUGUUGACAUUGAACUCAGACGUCCAAGCUUCACAUCUCAGGAAUGGGCCAGUGUGGACUCAACUACAGAGACGGCCUCCAGAUCUCCGUUAUGGAACUCACACUCCACUUUCACAACCCCGAUCCAUCCGAGCCAUUAGACAUGUUUGUCUCUCUCUCUCUCUCUCUCUCUCUCUCUCUCUCUCUCUGUGUAUACUUUAUUCAGUUUAUCAGUGUAGCAUUAGUUGAAGUUACACAGCAGGACAGGAAGGGCUAUUUCCCCAGUUCCUAUUUCAUGUGCAGCAGUAAAAUUGUACAAUUUGACAGGAUAUGAUGUUUGUUGAUCUUACAUGUGACUGAGCCAGUGAAAAUACAGAUGUUAUUAUUAUUAUUAUUAUUAAGUUUGUAUCUAUUUUGUGAAUACUUUACCUUAAGUUUACCUUCAAAGUUCAUUCUUGACCUUAGAAAAUGACAAAACAACGUCACCCUAAGGUCCUUUUAGUAGCUGCUCGCUCUGGGGCUUUCCACCGUAUUACAGGAUGUUCGUCAGCCGAUGCAGUUCGACCAGACGCCGUGGGAUUUAAUAACAGCUACUAAAUGGAUUGUUUUGUAUCAUACCUGUCUAACUGUUUAGGCUUAACUAAGAUUACAAUUUAUUUUGUAGUGCUAUUUCCAGAUUUGCAAUACCUUACAGUGCCAAUAACAUUAUGUAAAAUCAAAGUCUGUACACUUAACUAUUUAUAUUUAACUAU